AGAGAGGGAGAGAUUAACAGAGAGUAAGAAGCAGGCGCAGUAGCAGACUCCUCUCUAUAUCCGCCAGACGGAGACGCUCGGUGCCAGCUGCUAGCUAAGUUAGCAACCGUGGACAGUUAGCGACUAGCUUGAGAGUCACAGCGCCGCUACUACAUACUGAGCAAGUGUGCGGGUGUGUGUGUGUGAGUGUGUGUAGACGAUUCGAGAAGUCGCUGCUCCGUCCCGAAGUCUCGCCCCCCUCUCUCCUCCUCCCGCGUGUGUGUGUACGUGUGCGUGUGUGCGUGUGUGUGCGUGCGUGUAUACAAACCCCCCUCCUCUCCUCUCCUGUCUUCCUCUUCCGAGCAGCAGCGGCGUGUCUGUUGAAGUGUGUGAGAGAGGUUAGCAAGCAAACAAGCAUACACAUCACACACACACUCUCUCAACUGAUAGUCGACUGUUUACAUUCGGUGUCCGGUUACUUGACAGCGGAUUCACAUCAUUUACAGAUACCGAUACAGCACCAACAUGAUGUUCAGGUACGGUGUUGUUCGCGGCGGCCUUGGCCUGCUGGCCGUCAGGAGGGCUUGUGUUCUCUCUCGCUUUGCCCACUCUGCCCCGCAGAGUGCCGAGUAUCGACCAAUCAAGAAAGUCAUGGUGGCCAACAGAGGUGAGAUAGCCAUCCGCGUGUUCAGAGCCUGCACCGAGCUGGGGAUUCGGACGGUGGCCGUCUACUCUGAGCAGGACACCGGACAGAUGCACAGGCAGAAGGCAGAUGAGGCUUACCUGAUCGGGAAAGGCCUGCCUCCUGUCGCUGCAUACCUGCACAUUCCUGACAUCAUCAAAGUAGCCAAGGAUAACAAUGUGGAUGCCAUCCACCCGGGCUACGGUUUCCUCUCUGAGCGUUCAGACUUUGCCCAGGCCUGCGCAGACGCCGGGGUCAUGUUUGUGGGGCCGAACCCAGAAACAGUGCGCAAGAUGGGGGACAAAGUGGAGGCUCGCACCCUGGCCAUCAACGCAGGCGUACCUGUUGUCCCAGGAACAGACUCACCCAUCUCCAGUCUCCAGGAGGCACAGGCUUUUGCCCAGACCUACGGCUUCCCCAUCAUCUUCAAAGCGGCGUACGGCGGAGGUGGUCGAGGCAUGAGGGUAGUCAGGGAGUACGAGGAACUUGAGGAGAAUUACCAGCGCGCCUACUCUGAAGCUUUGACAGCCUUUGGGAAUGGAGCUCUGUUUAUAGAGAAAUUCAUUGAAAAGCCAAGGCAUAUUGAAGUACAGAUCCUCGGCGACAAGUACGGGAAUGUCAUCCACCUCUACGAGAGAGACUGUUCCAUUCAGCGGAGACACCAAAAGGUUGUGGAGAUUGCACCGGCUGUUCAACUGGACCCUCAUCUGAGAGACAGACUUCACGCAGACGCUGUCAACCUGGCCAAGCAGGUGGGCUAUGAGAACGCAGGGACCGUGGAGUUUUUGUUGGACAAGCAUGGCAAACACUACUUCAUAGAAGUCAACUCCAGACUCCAGGUGGAACACACAGUCACUGAGGAAAUCACUGAUGUGGACCUGGUGCACGCCCAGCUGCGUGUGUGCGAGGGGCGCAGCCUGCCAGAACUCGGCCUCAAGCAAGACAAGAUCAGGGUCAACGGCUGCUCAAUCCAGUGCAGAGUGACGACUGAAGACCCUGCCAGAGGAUUCCAGCCAGACACCGGCAGGAUCGAGGUUUUCCGGAGCGGUGAGGGUAUGGGCAUCCGUCUGGACAGCGCCUCGGCCUUCCAGGGUGCCGUCAUCUCCCCGCACUACGACUCCCUGCUGGUCAAAGUCAUUGCCAGCGGGAAGGACUUGCCGACGGCAGCCUCAAAGAUGAGCCGAGCCCUGGCCGAGUUCAGAGUGCGCGGCGUCAAGACCAACAUCCCGUUUCUCCAGAACGUUCUGUCCAACCACCAGUUCCUCCAUUCCACAGUGGACACCCAGUUUAUCGACGAGAACCAGGAGCUCUUCAACCUCAAGCCCACGCAGAACCGAGCCCAGAAGCUACUGCACUACCUCGGUCAUGUGAUGGUGAACGGACCAACCACACCCAUUCCAGUCAAGGCUAAGCCCUCCUCCACGGACCCCGUCAUCCCACCUGUCACCAUGGGUGACCCGCCCGUUGGUUUCAGAGACAUUCUGCUGCGAGAUGGCCCUGAGGGCUUUGCCAAGGCCAUUCGCGCCCACCAAGGCCUGUUGCUAAUGGAUACCACCUUCAGGGACGCUCACCAGUCCCUCUUGGCAACCAGGGUGCGAACCCACGACCUGAAGAAGAUCUCGCCGUUCGUCAGCCACAACUUCAGCAACCUUUUCAGCCUUGAGAACUGGGGAGGCGCUACCUUUGACGUGGCCAUGCGGUUCCUGUCUGAGUGUCCGUGGAAGAGGCUCCAGGAGCUGAGAGCUUUGAUCCCCAACGUCCCAUUCCAGAUGCUGCUGAGAGGGGCCAACGCCGUGGGCUACACCAACUACCCUGACAAUGCCGUGUUUAAGUUCUGCGAGGUGGCCAAGGAGAACGGCAUGGACAUCUUCCGAGUGUUCGACUCCCUCAACUACGUGCCCAACAUGCUGCUGGGUAUGGAGGCGGCCGGGGCGGCGGGGGGCGUGGUGGAGGCCGCCAUCUCCUACACGGGCGACGUCUCGGACCCAAUGAGGCAGAAAUACUCGCUGGACUACUAUCUGAAACUGGCAGACGAGCUGGUCAAGGCUGGAACACACAUCCUCUGCAUCAAGGACAUGGCUGGUCUGCUGAAGCCAGAGGCCAGCAAGCUUCUGAUCGGCGCUCUGAGGGACCGCUUCCCAGACGUGCCCAUCCACGUGCACACACACGACACGGCGGGGGCCGGUGUAGCCGCCAUGCUGGCCUGCGCCGAGGCCGGAGCAGAUGUAGUGGAUGUGGCGGUGGACUCUAUGGCCGGGAUGACUUCUCAACCCAGCAUGGGAGCCAUCGUGGCCUGCGCCAAGGGAACCAAGCUUGACACUGGCAUUGCUUUGGAGAAAGUCUUUGACUACAGUGAAUAUUGGGAAGUGGCCAGAGGCCUCUAUGCUCCGUUUGACUGCACUGCCACCAUGAAGUCUGGCAACGCCGACGUGUAUGAGAACGAGAUACCUGGAGGACAGUACACCAACCUGCACUUCCAGGCCCACAGUAUGGGACUGGGAAAUAAGUUCAAGGAAGUGAAGAAGGCUUACGCUGAGGCCAACAAACUUCUGGGCGACCUCAUCAAGGUCACUCCAUCCUCUAAGAUCGUAGGCGACUUGGCCCAGUUCAUGGUGCAGAACAACCUGACCCGGGCCGAGGUGGAGGAGAGGGCGGAUGAGCUGUCCUUCCCGUUGUCCGUGGUCGAGUUCCUGCAGGGAUACAUCGGCAUACCGCAUGGAGGAUUCCCAGAGCCACUCAGGUCUAAGGUCCUGAAGUCCCUCCCCCGUAUUGAGGGCCGUCCCGGGACCUCUCUACCCCCCAUGGACUUCAAGGCCCUUGAGGAGGGGCUCCGAGCGGCGCACGGUGAUGACAUCACCCCCGAGGAUGUGAUGUCAGCAGCCAUGUACCCCAAAGUGUUCCAGGAGUUCAAAGAGUUCACUGCUAAUUUUGGCCCCGUGGACUGCCUCAGCACCAGGCUCUUCCUGGACGGCCCCAAGAUUGCCGAAGAAUUUGAGGUGGAGCUGGAGAGGGGGAAGACCCUCCACAUCAAGGCCUUGGCCCUAGGAGACCUGAACAAGGCUGGACAGAGAGAGGUCUUCUUCGAGCUGAACGGACAGCUCCGAUCUGUGCUUGUCAAAGACACCGUCGCCAUGAAGGAAAUGAAGUUCCAUCCCAAGGCUCAGAAGUCUAUUAAGGGCCAGGUUGGCGCGCCUAUGCCUGGCAAAGUCCUGGAGGUCAAAGUGGAAGUUGGGUCCAAGGUGGAGAAGGGUCAGCCGCUGUGCGUCCUCUCAGCUAUGAAGAUGGAGACGGUGGUCAACUCCCCGCUGGCUGGAACUGUUAAGGCAGUCCACGUCGCAGCCGAUGUGUCCCUGGAGGGAGACGACCUGAUACUGGAGAUUGAGGAGUAG